UAGGGAACCAUAACUUAGGAUUAUACAGCUACGGAAUAUACACAACACACAAUGUCCAACAACACAAGGAGAGAAGUUGCCUCCCCCUCCGAUGCCAUCCUCUCAACAGGCGCCAUAGCCGGGAUCGCCAUCGGCGGCGCCGCAGUCCUGUUCUUCGUCGUCGCGGGGAUCCUCGUCAAGCUCGCGCGGCGAACAACGCGGCGUCGCAAGUCCAACUCGGCCUUCGGCAACACCGUCGAAUCCGGCGUCGUAGAGGUGCCCGGGCCCAACCGGCUGCGCAAGAGGAGCAUCAUCGGCCAGGUGACCAAGUACGACAAGGACGACGCCAACGACGAGGACGUUCUGCCCGAGGAGAGCAGCCGCUCGAGCUUCACGGCGGUGUCGCCGACGCGGACUCGGCAGGGCAGCCUGAGCUUUAUCGGGGACGAGAGCAGGAACGGGAGCCGGCGCGGCAGCGUGGAGACGGCGAACCAGAGCCAGAUCACGCUGGGCAAGUCGCGGGACCCGGAGAAGCAGCGCGGGUAUGGCGUGUACACGCACCGGCGCAAGACGUCGUGGAUCGACGAGGACGCGCUGCACGGGCCGACCAUCACGUCGCCCCAGCGCACGAAGCUGAAGCACAGGCGCAUGGUGAGCUGGUUCGACGGCGGGCUCAGCCGCUCACUUAGCAGGCUAUCGACUAGGAGCGGGAUGGGCGAGAUUAGUCCCACGCUUCCUUGCACGGAUACGCCUCCGGGAGCGGGACAGCAUUACGAAUCGCCUGUCGAGAGUCCCGCCGAGAAGAGCGCCAGAGAGGCCCAACAGGGGGCUCGCUUUUCUUAUACGACGACGCCGAGUCCAAACCGGCAGCAACAGCAGCAGCAACAGAUGUACCCCAGUCCUCAGAGAUCGUACGGCCCCACCAACCUGGUUAGUCCUGGUUCCGGAUCUAAUAACCCGGCUCAGUCACCGCCGGAUAUUGUCCACAACCCGAGAUACAGGAACAGAGUCUCGUUCCAGGCGGCGCAGCAGUUGGCAGGCACAUCACGUCUGCCUGCUCCGUCCAACGGCCAGCAGGGACAGACGCGAGGACGGCCGAUAUUAGAUCACAGCGCCACGGACACGGAAUUGACAGAGAUACUGCGCAUGACCGCCGAAAGGCUCCAGGAUGGACUCAGGAGCGAGAGACGGCAGACCCUAAUGACGCCGUAUAUGCCAUAUACACCAUACUCCACCGGAAGACCGAUGAACGGCCAGUAUUAUCACGAUGGCAAACCGAUAGACUACAGUUACGACCCGACAAAUAGCGGAGACGUAAGUCCCGUUAAGAGCCACAAGAGCGCGCCGGCGACGAUGUCGUACGCGGAGCUAGAAGGCUGCACCCCCAAGAACCAAUCUCCGCAACGGCAGAUGCAGACGCCGAGACACUCGCGACAGCCAUCCCACAACCCGCGGAUGUCGCAACAAUCAAUGGUAUCUGAGCCAGACAGCCUCGUGGCUCCCAGGCGGGAAUCGCUCAGCGAAGUACGGACCGCGCUAUCCAGUCCGAGCCGCGUCACCAGGUCCAAUGAACCGACCCCUAGUCCGCAAGGACAGAAGCAACAACAGUCCCGUCCAUUUUCCAACGGGAGCACCAUGUCGUCCGCCCUAUCCACACUUUACAGCAUGGAAGAGGGGUCGAUCCGCAGCCCACCGGCCGCGGAUUUAGUUUUCGGGAGCAGCCCAGCGCACACGCCUCGACGCACUCCGGAGAAAGUGCUCUCGGCGUUCGGCAUGCUUAGGUCAAACCGCAACUCGGGAGCGACAGACGUAGCAAAGAGCCCCACGCGCAAAUUCGACGACGACGACAUCCCGUCGCCCCUACGCAUCCGCCGAGGCACCCUCGGCGGCACAGUCGUCCCCAACAACACGCCCGCCUCACGCCCUGCAUCGCGACAGAACGGGAAAUCCGUAGACCUGCCCAAGAGCAGCAGGUCCACAUUCAUGGUGCACGCGCCGAGCGAGAAAGACGACCCGUUCACCGUCGUCGCAGAAGCGACGCCGCGGAACCCGGCUCGCCUGUCGAAAGUGUUCUCCCCGCUGCCCGUGGACUUCCCGAAGAGGAGGAGGAAGUCGGAUCCGAAGCACUCCAUCUCUUCUUCCUCUUCUUCCUCGCCCGGCACCCGGAACCCGUCGCAGGAGAGCCAGUUCGACAAGACGCCGACGCCGUCGCCGGCUCGUAGGACCGCGAUGCCGUCGCCUAGGUCCAUCCUCAACUCUCCUAGCAACCCGCGGCGCGCGCCCAGCCCCACCGUGUCCGAGGCCGGAUUGUCGUCCGUGUACGAUAGCUACACGUACGCGCACGGGGAGUCGCAGGAGGGCGACGGGGACAGGACGCCGCGGUGCUCGGGCCCGGGCUCGCCCUCGCAGUUCAGUAGCCAGAUUCCGACAUCGUCGUCAGGCCGCGAAUCACGCGUCGGAUUCCGCAUCCCGAGCUACGAGAGCGCGAUCGAGAAGAUCCGACCACACCCAAGUCCCAAGUCGGCGCCACAACAACAAUCACAACAACCACAACAGCCUACACUAACAACGACGACGACGGUAAUAAUGGCCCCUCUGCCAGGCUCUCCCCUAAAGCCGCGGCGCAGCAUGCCGUCGGACGGGUCGCUGUACUCGCAGGACCAGGACCACCAGGACGAUAACGGGGACCGAGUGCCGCCGAUGCGGUCGCUGACGGCGGCGAAGCGCGGCAAGAGCGUGCG